ACAAAAAAUAAGGAUCAAUCUAACGCGAGUGUUGUUGAUUGGGGUUGGUUUUGUUAUGUGUGUGUUUAUAUACUAUUAUAUUCGUCGUUGAGUUUAAACAUUAACUUCGUGGGAAAUAAUUCGUUCGUCCUUGGAAAAUUAUCAUUAUGGAGGACAUAAGCGUAACAUCAGCCGCAACAACAACCACUCCAAGUACGAAUACGGUUAGUCCUAGCGUGAACGACAUGGAUUGGUUUGCAGGCGUUACGGAAGAAGAAUUGCUCUAUUAUUCCGGUGUCGGGAACGAUGUUGAUUCGUUAUGGGCAGUCAUAGGAAGUUUCGUGCCGCCACCACCAAGGCCACCAUACCUCCCAGAGGAAGGCAUCGCCACCGAUGGACUUACCACCUGUGAUCUGUGCUCCUGGGCAUGGAGAAACGACAGGCAUCCUUUUUCUUUGGAUGGAACACUUGAAGCUUCCGGAGAAAUCGGAUGGGUUUUGACUUUAGUAAUAGUAUCCUUAGUCUCGGCAGGAAUCGGUGCAGUCGUUAUGGUCACACUUCUACAUUGUCGCAGAAUGAAGAACGCAAAUGGCAGAGCGAGUUGUUGCGGCGUUGGUGUUGAAGACCCUAACACUCAGGAAGCUGGCUCGAAUGGUGGAGGGGGUGGGAAUGGCGGUGGAGUAGCCGUUAUACCAGAUCGAGCUCCAUUAGAACUUGAUAAGUUACCCCCUUAUCACGACGUUGCUCCUAGUCCUGGACACAACGUCUGGUCAUGGCUUGGUUCAAGACGAGGGGGUGGUACAACGGGUGUCGUUACUACACCCUUAUCCCUUCCUCAACAUAGGAGAGCCAUGAAUUUACCAGUUGAGAAUCAUUACACCCACAUGCAAACGGACGAGGCACUUUAUGCCGAACUUGAUUCUCAAGCUGCGAGUUAUGCGAGCGAUUUUCAGUUGCAAAUGAGAGGAAGUUCGGCAUACGGCACGACUUCAGCUGGUCAAGACGACGAAUAUCACGAACUGGAUGCUGCAAGAUUGCAUCGCCAUUACGGCACUAGUAACGGAGAUGAAUCUUUGCAAAGGGAAACCCUUAGAACACGACACAGCAAAAGGUUACAAGAACCCGAUUACGAGAUGUAUGAGAACGAGCCACCAACGCCAAAUCAAUUGCAACACCACCAUCAUCAUCAUCACCAUCACAACAAUCAUCAUCACCAUCAUCAAGAUUUAAGAGUGGCCAAUAGAAAUGGCGAACGUCCGUCUUAUCAAAAUACGGCGUAUACCGGAAGUGAUGCAGAACCUGAUGGACCAACGUUGAGUAGUGCGCCAAGUAGCGCAUAUUAUAGUGAUUUGAGUUCAAAUUCAGCUAAUCAACAAAUGCCAUCAAACGUGUCAUCCUCGGCACCAACUACUCAGACGAAUCUUCACCUAAAUCCACAAAAUUUGGAAACGCCGCAAUACAGAUUAGCGGCCAUAAAUGAAAGUACUGUUCCCUCGGAUUACAUUUGA